UGUGACUCACCCAAACCCCUCGACUUAUUAAUAAAACAUGAUGGGUUGAUACUUAUACUAAUACGCUACACUCGCGGAGCAAACUGGACUCGCGCACCGCCCUGAAUACCAAUAGCAAUGCUACAGAAUGGCAUCUCUUCUCCUGGCCUCCGGUUGUACCGUCGGUGCCUUUCUUCUCUUCCUCAUCACACUCUUCUCCAUGCCUCACAGGACCAGGCAGAACGCGCCGGGAGACGCCGACAUUCCGGACGUGGAGGAGAUGCUGGAAGUUCGAGGCUAUGACAGGAACUUCCGACCGGGCUUUGGGGGUCCGCCACUGCUGGUGGACAUGAGUCUGUCGGUCGCCAGCAUUGAUCGGGUGUCUGAAGUGGACAUGGAUUACACCUUAACGAUAUUCCUCCGUGAAUACUGGAGGGACGAGCGCCUACACUUCUCGGAGACAAACCGCAGCCUGAGUCUGGACGGCCGGCUGGUAGAGAGACUGUGGGUCCCGGACACGUUCUUGGUCAAUGCAAAGAGUUCGUUUCUGCACAAAGUUACCGUCGACAACCGACUUCUGCGCCUGUUCCCAGACGGAAGACUGCUGUAUGGUUUGAGGAUCACUGCCAAGGCAGCCUGCCCCAUGGACCUCCGGAAGUACCCGUUGGAUGUGCAGACCUGCCCUUUGCAGUUCGAAAGCUAUGGAUACACGACUGAGGACAUCCGUUUUAAGUGGAAGGACGGCAACGAGUCGAUCCAUGGUCUGGAGCGGAUUGAGCUCGCGCAGUUCUGGGUGGGAGAGCACGAAGUUUCUGACGAAGUACAGAAGUACGAGACAGGAGAAUAUCCCCGACUGACCAUUCGUUUUAAGCUUUACCGGAACAUCAUGUACUUCAUUCUGCAAACAUACCUGCCGGCCACGCUGUUGGUGGUCUUAUCUUGGGUCUCCUUCUGGAUAAACCACGAGGCCGUGCCUGCUAGAGUCGCUCUCGGCAUCACCACUGUUCUGACCAUGACUACCUUCAUAACAAGUGCUCGGGACUCACUCCCCAAAAUCUCCUACAUCAAGGCCAUCGACGUCUACUGCGUCAUGUGUUUCCUCUUUGUCUUCGCGGCUCUUCUGGAGUACGCCGCUGUCAACUACCACUCCAGCGUGCAGCAGCGCAGGGAACAGAAGGCUUUAAAAGCCAAGAAGUCUGGAGCGGAAGAUGUGCAUAAGCACGAGGAACAGCAGCCGGGAAGACUAGGUGGUCUACUGGCAGCACUUAAGAGAAAAGGAUUCGAUAAUGGACCCGACAAAAGUGACGAGCAACCAGGUCAAGGUUUGUCUGUGACAGUCAUGUCAAAAAAUAUCGGCAAAGACAACCAAAAGCAAGAUUCAGAAAGGCAAGGUAAGAAGAACCCUUGGUCUAAAGCGACGCGAACACAGGAAAAUGUUCCCCUGAACGUGUUCCACACUGGGCCCACAAACGCGCAGAGGCCACAUGACACCCCUGUGGGAGAGUACUCCGUAGUCCACGAUGAUCAGGUUUGCCUGAACAUCCCGACGUUGGACGUCACUAACCAGAGUCUGGAGAGACGGCGCCGGAGCGACGCGAGUUCCCGUUUGGGGCGGAACUCUGACGGGAGCACAUGGCCAACCAGAAAGUCAUCGAUCGCGUCCACGGCCAGUCCGAGGGGCAGCAUAGCCAGAAUGAUCAUAGAGUACGCCAGGGACAUGGAGGAGAAAGGGAUGGAAUUAGUGCCGCAAGGAGAGCUAUCAACGGAAAAUGUGUCCAAUGUCGAUGAUGAUACCCUGUUGAAACCAAACGACGAUCCUCCUCCAGUGAUCAGGCAGCCCGAGUCACACCUCCGCGUCGCGACAGAGCGUCGCCGCGCCCUGUCCAAUACCGAAGCGCCCACGUCCGCACUCAGAAAGACCGAGUCCCGCCUGUCUCUCAGUACCGACCCGCGCGCGCGGAAGCUGUCCGGUAUGGGCAUGGCGGUCCUCAAUGCAGCAAAACUACAGAAGGAGGCAAACGACAGAGCGGCGAUGGGGAGCGGACGGGGGCGACCGAGAGAACAGGGCGAUGCUACCGUCAGGAAGCGCCCGGUCUCAUUCGCCUCCCUGGGCCAAAAGGUCAUGAAAAUACAAGAGGAGGGAAGGCAAGAAAGGAAAAGGCUCACCAUCGCUGAAGUCGUCCAAAGAGUAAAAACUUCCAAUAUCAAACUUCAGGUUAAAGAUGUCAAUACCAUAGAUAAAUAUUCUAGAGUAGUCUUUCCUGGCGUGUUUUUCCUUUUCUGUAUAAUGUAUUGGGUUUCGUAUGCGCACACAUAGCUGGUCCGAAAAAUUCUUUUGAGUGUAUUAGACCUUUAUUAUCUCAUUUCACAAGACCAUGCAUUAUACGUGCCCGUUUAGAUUCUUUGUAAAAUAUUUAUUCAUGCAGAUAUAUCUGACCAUCAGCUCGUCACUUAUUCAAUUAUACCUGUAAUGAGCAGAAGCCUUGAAGAUUUAAAACGACAAACUUAAGUUUGACUCGUCCGUCUUUUUUUCACCUGUCACGCUAACGAUGGACGAGAUAACUAUGUCAGGGUCAUUUUGAUUUGUAAUUACUUUAUACUGCCAAAGUACUUGACAAGUGCUAACGAAAAGCACUAAAUUUGAGCCCCUGAAUGUAAAACAAAGAGCAAAUGGAGAAAAUAACCUACAUAGUCUUUCCGCGUAUGGUAGUGCAACCUUCUUGAAUAUUUUUUAUUAUCUCUCUUCAUUUCUUAUGAAUAUAACGACCUUGGAACACAAUACCAUUUAACGAGAACGAGAUAUGUAUAUAUAUACAUAACCUUGUAAAUACUGAUAACCCUAAUGGCCUACGUAUAUACUGUUGACACAUGUAUACUUUUGAGGACCACACGUGUAUACUGUUGAGGGCCACACUCGUAUACUGUUGAGGUCCACACGUAUAUACUGUUGAGGGCCACACGUGUAUACGGUUGAGGGCCACACCUAUAUACGGUCGAGGGACACUCGUAUAUACUGUUGAGGGCCAUACGUAUAUACCGUUGAGGGCCACACGUAUAUACCGUUGAGGGCCACACGUAUAUACUGUUGAGGGUCACACAAUAAGAGGAGGUGUGUACUCUAGAAGUGCCAGAAAUGUUAUAUGUAGAUUUAUUAGGUAUCGACGACUAUAACCCCAUUGUAGUAAACAUGUCCGUAACGGGAUGUUGAUAGAACUUUUGAGGGCAUCACCAGCCUUAAGGAGAUAAGUAUGACUCCAGUUUAAGGAAACCUUUUGAUAGACUUUGGAAUGUUAAUAAAUAAUGUUUCGUACAAUGUAGGGCCAAGUGUGGUUAUGUCUUAAAGUUUAUGGUCACAUAUAGCAGACCGUCAUGGUUGUUCAUUGUCAUGUGAACGAAUGGAACAAAGAAAGGGAACGGCGAUUAUUGUAUCCUAAAAUCACGAUGAACACAUUAUAUCUGCAGAAGUUGAACUACGUAUGUAACAACAAUCGGUUUAACGUUAUUCUGAACAAUCGGUCCUUUAGUAACUUUUUUUCGGACAUAUAGCUUAAAACAACAUUCCAAAAACGCUUUGUCUCUUUUGAACAUAAUAUAUUGUAUUUACCUUAAAUGACGUCAACAAACUGAACUUUAAUACCAAUGAUGUGGCGUUGAUUCGUAGCACGUACCUUAUAAAUAUAAAUAGAGAGAAUGUUACUAGUAAUUGCCAUAAAAGUAGCCUUAGAUACCAUUCGUGUCUAUAGACGAAUCAUCCCGUAGUACGUAUGGAGAGUGAAAAAAAGACUGUCAACAAUAUACAAUCUACAUAUCAGACUGUAUAUAUUAUGUACGAACCCAUGGAAGAGUCCUUGUCCUUAUGUGCCUGUACAGUACCAUUACACCAGAUUACUCACAAGUUGUGCUGUGGUGUCAUUUCCUCCGAGAUAAGACUUAUUUCUUCCGGACGUUAAGUUGAAGACAGAUGACAUCCAGAACAGGUUAGGCAGUGCCAAUAUGAGCGGCGCACAGUGGAGGCGGGUGCCUUCAUCAGGGACGUAGCGGGUUUCAAGUUGUAUGAUUGCCGCGGGGUGAAAUUGGACACAAAGCCUAUCAAAAUUGCCUUAUACA